UUUUAACGCUUUUCAAACCAAGAACACCAUAGUUCCAAUCCAAGACUGACAAGGAAUAAGACGCGUCUAACGGAUAACCCGGGCAGCUUAUCAAAACACAAAGCCCCUAUGCCAACUCCUCUUCCCUUAAGGAACUCCUCUCUCUUCCCUUCCCUGCUCUAUAUAUACGUAUCUCCCCUUCUUUCACUCCACGAUCCUUAUUAAUUUUAGAUCGCUCGCCAUUAGCUCUCUCUCCCUCUCCCCAAGAGAACACCACCCCAAUGGCCGAGAUGCGUGGGGAGGACCGCAGAGCCAUCCCAAGAGCGGUCUCAGCUCUCUCCUCUAUUCUCCAGAGGGUGGCGGACCUCAGCGACCUCGCCGUCCACCGGCCUCCACCCCUCCACCACCGGGCCGCGGCCUUCCAUGGCCUCCGGAGGCCUAAUAUCUCGGUUCACGGCUACCUCGAGCGCAUCUUCCGCCACGCUGACUGCAGCCCUGCAUGCUACGCCGUCGCCUACGUCUACCUCGACCGCUUCACGCGGCGUCACCCGCCGGUCCUCAUCGACUCCUUCAACGUCCACCGCCUCCUCAUCACCACCAUCCUCGCCGCCGUCAAGUUCAUGGACGACAUACACUACGGCAAUGCUUAUUUUGCAAAGGUGGGAGGGAUAAGCUUGAUGGAGAUGAACUGCUUGGAAAUGGAUUUCUUGUUCGGCGUGGGCUUCGAGCUGAAUGUAACCCCCAUGAUCUUCCAUUCCUGCUGCUAUCUUCUUUGGAGGGAGACGUAUCAAUGGGAGUUGCCCCCUGCUCCCCUGAGGUUCCAGUACUGCUGCUCCACAGAGGAAGAGUCCAGCAGCUGCCAGUAGAAGCAGAUGGCGAUUUGAGAGGUGCUUCAGUGCAUAGAUGAGUAGAGAACAAUCGUCAGUUUUAGGUGGACGGACUGAUACCAUUUUGUUUAGCUUCUGUCUUCUUUCUUUUGAUGUGUAGUUUCGGUCUUCUUGGAUUCCAACCUUUGGACAUGUGUAGUGUAAUCUGCUGUCGUUUUAUCCUACUUUUUGGUUUCACUUU